CGAAGCCCUAAUUUGACUCUGCUCCCUUUGGUAGUAUAAAUCAACCCCAAAGUUUCACACUUUUCUCCACCAAUUCAAUCUGCUCUCAUCUCGCAUCAUCAGCUUACGAACAACUCUUCGCGCUCUCUAUCUCUCUCUCUGCUCGAAUUUACUGCUUUUAUUUGAUUCGUCUUUUGAUUUAAUUGAGAUCUUGUAAUCCGUUUCGUGUAUUAUCGUUCUUUCUGUUUCCUUGUGUCUUUCUGUGUUUGUGUUAACAAUGGAUGCAGGUAUGAACACAUCUACGCACUUGAAGGCUCAAGCUCGUUGCCCACUUCAAGAACACUUCCUUCCCAGGAAAAGUUCCAAGGAAAAUCUUGACAGGUUUAUACCCAACAGAUCAGCAAUGGAUUUCGACUACGCUCACUUCGCUCUCACAGAAGGAAACAAAGGUAAAGAUACAGCAACGGUAAGCUCACCAUCUAGAGAGGCAUACAGGAAGCAACUCGCUGAGACCAUGAACCUGAACCACACACGAAUCCUCGCCUUCAGAAACAAACCUCAAGCUCCUGUUGAGUUGCUUCCCACUGAUCACUCUGCUUCUCUUCACCAACAACCCAAAUCCGUUAAGCCAAGAAGAUACAUUCCUCAGACUUCUGAGAGGACAUUGGAUGCACCUGACAUUGUGGACGACUUCUACCUCAACUUGCUUGACUGGGGCAGUGCUAAUGUCUUAGCCAUUGCGUUGGGCCACACUGUUUAUCUGUGGGAUGCUUCCAGUGGGUCCACAUCUGAGCUUGUCACCAUUGAUGAGGAGAAAGGACCUGUCACAAGCAUCAACUGGGCACCUGAUGGUCGUCAUGUUGCAGUUGGGCUUAACAACUCUGAAGUCCAGCUUUGGGAUUCUGCAUCCAACCGUCAAUUGAGAACAUUGAAGGGCGGACAUCAGUCAAGAGUAGGAUCAAUGGCGUGGAACAACCACAUCCUGACAACGGGAGGAAUGGAUGGACUGAUCGUCAACAACGACGUACGAAUCAGAUCACACGUUGUGGAAACUUACAGAGGUCACACCCAAGAGGUUUGUGGGCUAAAGUGGUCAGGAUCCGGACAGCAACUAGCAAGUGGUGGCAACGACAAUGUUGUACACAUAUGGGAUCGUUCUGUUGCCUCCUCAAACUCGACCACGCAAUAUUUGCACAGGCUUGAAGAACAUACGUCUGCAGUCAAAGCCCUUGCCUGGUGUCCUUUCCAAGCGAAUCUGCUUGCAACUGGUGGUGGUGGAGGAGAUAGAACCAUCAAGUUCUGGAACACUCACACAGGAGCUUGCUUGAACUCAGUAGACACUGGCUCCCAAGUCUGUUCGUUGUUGUGGAGCAAGAAUGAAAGAGAGUUGCUUAGCUCACACGGGUUUACACAGAACCAGCUUACGUUGUGGAAGUACCCAUCUAUGGUGAAAAUGGCUGAGCUCACUGGUCAUACAUCAAGAGUCCUAUACAUGGCCCAGAGUCCAGAUGGUUGUACGGUAGCUACAGCAGCAGGAGAUGAAACUCUGAGAUUCUGGAAUGUUUUUGGAGUCCCAGAGACCGCCAAAAAGCCUGCCCCAAAAGCAGUUCAUGAGCCGUUUUCUCAUGUGAACCUUAUAGCCAGCCAAGUGAAUAGAAACGUCGUCGUUUCUGGCACUAAAACCCUAGAUCAGUCUUUCUCAGCCAGCCGCGAAUCUCCUCCCUCUCACAGUAAUCUAUCGAGCACGGAAGUGAGAGAUAUGGGAAAAGAGAUGGAGUCCCCAAAGGAACAGAGCUCGUACACUGUUGAGCAGCUCGUCGCCGUGAAUCCAUUCAACCCCGAACUCUUACCCGAUCUCGAAAACUACGUCAACGAGCAGGUUACAUCGCAAACGUAUAGCCUAGAUGCGAAUCUAUGCUUGCUUCGUCUCUAUCAGUUUGAGCCUGAGCGCAUGAACACUCACAUCGUGGCUCAAAUCUUGGUCAAGGCUCUUAUGGCUAUGCCAGCUCUAGACUUCAGCCUUUGCCUCUUUUUGAUUCCUGAAAGAGUGCAAAUGGAGGAGCAGUUCAAGACGCUUAUUGUUCUCUCACACUACCUUGAGACUGGGAGGUUUCAACAGUUUUGGGAUGAAGCUGCCAAGAACCGUCACAUUCUUGAGGCUGUUCCAGGUUUUGAGCAAGCUAUCCAAGCGUAUGCAAGCCACCUUCUUAGCUUAAGCUACCAAAAGGUUCCAAGAUCUGUGCUUGCCGAGGCUGUCAACAUGGAUGGUGCAUCUCUAGACAAGUUCAUUGAGCACCAAGUGACUAACAGCGGAUGGAUUGUGGAGAAAGACGAAGGAAGUAUCGUCUUACCACAGAAUGAAUUUAACCAUCCGGAGCUGAAGAAAAAUAAUACAGGUGAGAAUGUUCCCUUGGAACACGUUGCCCGCAUCUUCCCCAUCCUUGGUUGAACCAGUUUAUGAUGACUCUUCAAAUUUUCCUUUUUUGUCUCCCUGGCUUUUAAACUAAUGCAACACUUUAAGACACUGUAAUGUGAUUUUUUGCAUUAACCAUUAUAAGUAGUUGCUCGAUUUGACUGCACUGCAAGAUUAUUGGAUGCGAUAGUUUUAUUUUAUAUAGGGCUCUUUGAGCUUUUCUAGUUCUAUACCGUCUAAAACUCUUAUGUUACCAUAUCAGUGUGUUUCAGUAGAGCCGUGUUUGACUCUCUGAUGGUAACUUCUCCAAUUUGAAGA